AGGCAAGUUGCAGGUCGCACGAGCUUGAGUGUUCCUCCAGCCCCCCCAGGGCGUGCAGAGGCCGCGGCCGCUGCUCUGGAUGCUCCGGAGAGAAAGUGGAACUUUGACUCCAGGCAGCCAGCAGGUCUGAUUCCGCACUACCAACCGUCGGGGCUCGGUACGGAGAAUUCGCACCAAGAACUUGCACAUCCUGGCCUUGCCGGAGUCCCGCUCCUGCUUGCUUAGCAGGACAGGGUGUCUAAGGUUGUUUCUGGGGCCUUCCCGACCCGUCCUCACCAACACAGGAUGUUUCAGACAGUCCCCGACACGUCGUCUUACGUCAAGGAGGCUCUCUCGGUGGUGAGUGACGACCAGUCCCUCUUCGACUCCACCUACGGAGCGGCCCAUCUCCCCAAGGCCGACAUGACCGCCUCAGGGAGUCCUGACUAUGGCCAGCCCCACAAAAUCAACCCCCUCCCACCGCAGCAGGAGUGGAUCAAUCAGCCAGUGAGGGUCAAUGUCAAGCGGGAGUACGACCACAUGAACGGAUCCAGGGAGUCUCCUGUGGACUGCAGCGUUAGCAAAUGCAGCAAGCUGGUUGGUGGAGGCGAGUCCAACGCCAUGAACUACAACAGCUACAUGGACGAGAAGAACGGCCCCCCUCCUCCCAACAUGACCACCAACGAGAGGAGGGUCAUCGUCCCUGCAGACCCCACGCUGUGGACGCAGGAGCACGUGCGGCAGUGGCUGGAGUGGGCCAUCAAGGAGUACGGCCUCAUGGAGAUCGACACGGCCUUCUUCCAGAGCAUGGACGGCAAGGAGCUGUGUAAGAUGAGCAAGGAGGACUUCCUCCGCGCCACCUCCCUCUACAACACCGAAGUGCUGUUGUCACACCUCAGUUACCUCAGGGAAAGUUCACUGUUGGCCUAUAACACAACCUCCCACACAGACCAGUCCCCGCGGCUGAGCGUCAAAGAGGACCCUUCUUACGACUCAGUCAGGAGAGGAGGAUGGAGCAGUAACGUGAAUUCUGGACUCAACAAAAGUCCUCCCCUUCCAGGAGCACAAGCAAUGAGUAAGAAUACUGAACAGCGGCCCCAACCAGAUCCAUAUCAGAUCCUGGGCCCAACCAGCAGUCGCUUAGCCAACCCCGGAAGUGGGCAGAUCCAGCUGUGGCAGUUCCUCCUGGAGCUCCUCUCUGACAGCGCCAACGCCAGCUGUAUCACCUGGGAGGGGACCAACGGGGAGUUCAAAAUGACGGACCCCGACGAGGUGGCCAGGCGCUGGGGGGAGCGGAAAAGCAAGCCCAACAUGAAUUAUGACAAGCUGAGCCGGGCCCUCCGAUACUACUAUGAUAAAAACAUUAUGACCAAAGUGCAUGGCAAGAGGUAUGCCUACAAAUUUGACUUCCAUGGCAUUGCCCAGGCUCUGCAACCGCAUCCGACCGAGUCGUCCAUGUACAAGUACCCUUCUGAUAUCUCCUACAUGCCUUCCUACCACGCCCAUCAACAGAAGGUGAACUUCGUCCCUCCCCACCCAUCCUCCAUGCCCGUCACUUCUUCCAGCUUCUUUGGAGCAGCCUCGCAAUACUGGACCUCCCCUACGGGCGGAAUCUACCCCAACCCCAAUGUCCCCCGCCAUCCUAACACCCACGUGCCCUCACACUUAGGCAGCUACUACUAGAAGCUUAAUCAUCGGUGGCCAUCUCACUGAAGCCCCAUCCCUCACACUUCCUGGAGUACUUUGGACCCUAAAGGACAUAUGUAGCCAUGAAGAGAAAACAAAACUGGAUGCUCUUUCUUGUUGCAUAGAACCUUUGUACGUGUUCUUUACAAACACAAUUGUUUUUAUCGUUGAUAACUUUUGCUUCCUCUACCUUGAACAAAGAGAUGGAUAAUUCCAUGGGCCAGUAGGCCAGUCUGGAUUCUCAAUCUCCUAUCAGUUUAUGAGUGGAAUAUUUAGAUUACUGGAAUAGUUGUAUCAUGGUCCUGUGAAAGAAACUGUAAAUUUUUUUUUUUUAUAUUUUUAUGACCAAAGCAAUUUCUUAUCCACACAUGGGUCUUGUCACGGACCUUGUAGGGUUCGGUGUGACAAAGAAUCAUGUACUUAACCAGUUAGGCUCUGGUUUGAGACUUAGUGAAAAUAGAGGCAGGAAGCUAAUAAUCUUAUUUUAGGAGGAUAUCAUUCAGUGGAUGGCAACUGGAACAUUGGUUGCAAGGCCAGUGAAGUUUUCACCCAACUGGAAUUUAAAAGAAAGAACAAGAGUGUAUUUAAGAAGCCAAUGGGCAUUGCAAAAUUCUUCUCAGUGGGCACUAUGUACUAGGCGGAUCAUUCUUUCUGGAAAUAGUCAGGCUAUGAACUAAGAAAUGUUAAUGCAAGUGCAGAAAUUCCUGAAAGACAGAAAACUAAGUAGUUUUUUUUUUUUUUUAAAUAAUGACAGUGGGUCCCAGAACUUUGAAAAGUCUUAGGGACUCCUAAAAACAACAGAUCCUCAGGCGCUGUGCGCCUGUCAGACCACAGUCGGGGUCACCGAGUCAGAAGGCAACUUACUGUAUAAAUUAUGCAGAGUUAUGUUCCUAUAUCUCACAGUAUUAAAAGUAAAUAACUAAGCCAUGGCCAGUGUGGCUCAGUGGUUAAAGCAUCGGCCCAUGCACCGAAGGGUCGCGGGUUCGAUUCCUGGUCAAGAGCACA